ACCUAAGCGCCAGGUGUGCGCGCUAGGGAUCUUUGAAGGUCUGCGUUAGUUUCGCUAGGCUUCUGCUCAGCAUCGGGACGAUGAAAUUGAAAGGGCACUCUGAGAGUGAAGGCGCGGGGUGGCCUCACGUCAGAUUCCUCUUGGACUUGGCUUCAGAUGAACAGAUCUGCGCUGUGUACAGGCACAGUUGCUGAUAUGUGUUCAAGAUGAGUGGGAUGGGAGAAAACACCUCUGACCCGUCCAGGCCAGAGACAAGAAAACGCAAGGAAUGUACUGACCAGCUUGGACCCAGCCCCAAAAGGAGCACUGAGAAACGUAAUCGUGAGCAGGAAAAUAAGUACAUAGAAGAACUCGCAGAGCUGAUUUUUGCAAAUUUUAAUGAUAUUGACAACUUCAACUUCAAACCUGACAAAUGUGCGAUCUUAAAAGAAACUGUGAAGCAGAUUCGCCAGAUCAAAGAGCAAGAGAAAGCAGCAGCUGCCAACAUAGAUGAAGUGCAGAAGUCAGACGUGUCAUCCACAGGGCAGGGUGUCAUCGACAAGGAUGCACUGGGGCCUAUGAUGCUUGAGGCCCUCGAUGGGUUCUUCUUUGUAGUGAACCUGGAAGGCAAUGUGGUGUUCGUAUCAGAGAAUGUCACACAGUAUCUAAGGUACAACCAGGAAGAGCUGAUGAACAAAAGUGUCUACAGCAUCCUACAUGUGGGGGACCACACGGAAUUUGUCAAGAACCUGCUACCAAAGUCCAUAGUGAAUGGGGGAUCUUGGUCUGGCGAAACUCCCAGGCGGAAUAGCCAUACCUUCAACUGCCGGAUGCUGGUAAAGCCUUUACCUGAUUCAGAAGAGGAAGGCCAUGAUAACCAGGAAGCACAUCAGAAGUAUGAAGCUAUGCAGUGCUUUGCUGUGUCUCAGCCAAAGUCCAUCAAAGAAGAAGGAGAAGAUUUGCAGUCCUGCUUGAUUUGUGUGGCACGAAGAGUCCCCAUGAAGGAAAGACCAGCCCUUCCCUCAUCAGAAAGCUUUACCACCCGCCAGGACCUCCAAGGCAAGAUCACAUCUCUGGACACUAGUACCAUGAGAGCUGCCAUGAAGCCAGGCUGGGAGGAUCUGGUGAGGAGAUGCAUUCAGAAGUUCCACACACAGCAUGAAGGGGAGUCUCUGUCCUACGCGAAGAGGCAUCACCAUGAAGUUCUGAGACAAGGAUUGGCAUUCAGUCAGAUAUACCGGUUUUCUUUGUCUGAUGGCACUCUAGUUGCUGCACAAACGAAAAGCAAACUCAUCCGUUCUCAGACGACUAACGAGCCUCAGCUUGUAAUAUCCUUACACAUGCUUCACAGAGAGCAGAAUGUAUGUGUAAUGAAUCCGGAUCUGACUGGACAAGCGAUGGGGAAGCCAUUGAAUCCAAUUAGCUCUAGCAGCCCUGCCCAUCAGGCCAUGUGCAGUGGGAACCCAGGUCAGGACAUGACCCUCAGUAGCAAUAUAAAUUUUCCCAUGAAUGGCCCAAAGGAACAAAUGGGCAUGCCUAUGGGCAGGUUUGGUGGUUCUGGGGGCAUGAACCAUGUAUCAGGCAUGCAAGCAACCACUCCUCAGGGUAGUAACUAUGCACUCAAAAUGAACAGUCCCUCACAAAACAGCCCCGGCAUGAACCCAGGGCAACCCACCUCCAUGCUCUCACCAAGGCAUCGCAUGAGCCCCGGCGUGGCUGGCAGUCCUCGCAUCCCACCCAGUCAGUUUUCCCCUGCAGGAAGCUUGCAUUCCCCUGUGGGAGUUUGCAGCAGCACAGGAAAUAGCCAUAGUUAUACCAACAGUUCCCUCAAUGCACUGCAAGCCCUCAGCGAGGGCCAUGGGGUCUCAUUAGGGUCAUCGUUGGCUUCACCGGACCUAAAAAUGGGCAAUUUGCAAAACUCCCCAGUUAAUAUGAAUCCUCCCCCACUCAGCAAGAUGGGAAGCUUGGACUCCAAAGACUGUUUUGGACUUUAUGGGGAGCCAUCGGAAGGUACAACUGGACAAGCAGAGACCAGCUGCCAUCCUGGAGAACAAAAGGAGCCCACUGAUUCCAGCAUGCCCCAGGCGGCCAGCGGGGAGAGGGCCGAGGGACAUACCCGCCUGCAUGACAGCAAAGGGCAGACCAAACUUCUCCAGCUGCUGACCACCAAGUCCGACCAGAUGGAGCCUUCACCCCUACCCAGCUCCUUGUCAGACACAAAUAAGGACUCUGCAGGUAGCUUGCCUGGGCCCGGGUCCACGCAUGGCACCUCGCUCAAGGAGAAGCAUAAGAUUUUGCACAGACUCUUACAGGACAGCAGUUCUCCUGUGGACUUGGCCAAGCUGACAGCAGAAGCCACAGGCAAAGAGCUGAGCCAGGAGUCCAGCAGCACAGCUCCCGGGUCAGAAGUGACUGUCAAACCGGAGCCAGUGAGCCCCAAGAAGAAAGAGAAUGCACUACUUCGCUAUUUGCUUGAUAAAGAUGAUACUAAAGACAUUGGUUUACCGGAAAUAACCCCCAAACUUGAGCGACUGGACAGUAAGACAGAUCCUGCCAGUAAUACGAAACUAAUAGCUAUGAAAACUGUGAAGGAGGAGAUAAGCUUUGAGCCCAGUGACCAGCCUGGCAGCGAGCUGGACAACUUGGAAGAGAUUCUGGAUGAUUUGCAAAAUAGUCAGUUACCACAGCUUUUCCCAGACACAAGGCCAGGAGCCCCUGCUGGGUCAGUUGACAAGCAAGCCAUCAUCAAUGACCUCAUGCAACUCACUGCUGUGGACAGCAGUCCUGUUACACCUGUUGGAGCCCAGAAAACAGCACUGCGAAUGUCACAGAGCACUUUUAAUAACCCACGACCAGGGCAACUGGGCAGGUUAUUGCCAAACCAGAAUUUACCACUUGACAUCACAUUGCAAAGCCCAACUUUCCCACCAAUCAGAAACAAUAGUCCCUACUCAGUGAUACCUCAGCCAGGAAUGAUGGGUAAUCAAGGGAUGCUAGGAAGCCAAGGAAACUUAGGGAACAAUAGCACAGGAAUGAUUGGCAAUAACACUUCUCGGCCCACCAUGCCUUCUGGCGAAUGGGCACCACAGAGUUCGGCUGUGAGAGUCACUUGUGCUGCUACUUCAGGUGCCAUGAACCGGCCCAUCCAAGGAGGCAUGAUUCGGAACCCAACAGCUAGCAUCCCCAUGCGAGCCAACAGCCAGCCUGGCCAAAGACAGAUGCUUCAGUCUCAGGUCAUGAACAUAGGGCCUUCUGAGUUAGAGAUGAACAUGGGGGGACCUCAGUAUAAUCAACAGCAAGCUCCUCCAAAUCAAACUGCCCCAUGGCCUGAGAGCAUCCUGCCUAUAGACCAGGCAUCUUUUGCCAGCCAGAACAGGCAGCCAUUUGGCAGUUCCCCCGAUGACCUGCUGUGUCCACAUCCUGCAGCAGAGUCUCCAAGCGAUGAGGGCGCUCUUCUAGACCAGCUGUAUCUGGCCUUACGGAACUUCGAUGGCCUUGAGGAGAUUGAUCGAGCUCUGGGGAUCCCAGAACUGGUCAGCCAGAGCCAAGCUGUAGAUCCAGAACAGUUCUCAAGUCAAGAGGCUAACAUGAUGCUGGAGCAGAAGGCCCCUGUUUUCCCACAGCAGUAUGCAUCUCAGGCACAAAUGGCCCAGGGUAACUAUAAUCCCAUGCAAGAUCCAAACUUUCAUACCAUGGGACAGCGGCCUAAUUACACCACACUCCGUAUGCAGCCCCGACCAGGCCUCAGGCCCACGGGCCUUGUGCAAAACCAGCCAAACCAACUGAGGCUUCAACUUCAGCAUCGCCUCCAAGCACAGCAGAAUCGCCAGCCACUUAUGAAUCAAAUCAGCAAUGUGUCAAAUGUGAACUUGACGCUGAGGCCUGGAGUACCAACACAGGCUCCUAUUAAUGCACAGAUGCUGGCCCAGAGGCAGAGGGAAAUCCUCAACCAGCACCUUCGGCAGAGACAAAUGCAUCAGCAACAGCAGGUGCAGCAGCGAACUUUGAUGAUGAGAGGACAAGGGUUGAAUAUGACCCCAAGCAUGGUGGCUCCUAGUGGUUUACCAGCAGCCAUGAGCAAUCCCCGGAUUCCCCAGGCCAAUGCCCAGCAGUUUCCAUUUCCACCAAACUACGGAAUAAGUCAACAGCCUGAUCCUGGCUUUACUGGGGCUACAACACCCCAGAGUCCUCUAAUGUCCCCCCGGAUGGCGCAUACCCAGAGCCCCAUGAUGCAGCAAUCUCAAGCCAACCCAGCCUACCAGCCCCCUUCAGACAUGAAUGGAUGGGCUCAGGGGAGCAUGGGUGGAAACAGCAUGUUUUCACAACAGUCACCACCACACUUUGGGCAACAAGCAAACACCAGCAUGUACAAUAACAACAUGAACAUCAAUGUGUCCAUGGCAACCAACACAGGUGGCUUGAACAACAUGAACCAGAUGACAGGACAGAUCAGCAUGACCUCAGUGACCUCCGUGCCUACGUCUGGGCUGUCCUCCAUGGGUCCUGAGCAGGUAAGCAACCUUUUCCCAAACCAACUGCCUGGAAUGGACAUGAUCAAGCAGGAGGGAGAUGCAUCUCGGAAAUACUGCUGACCCUACAGUUGCUGUUUGCUUCUGUCUUCAAUCCAUGGGGCUUACUUGCUCAAAACACUGACCAGUCUGCAGAGCUGCGUCUCUUUGUUCUGACCCACCUGACCUGCCACCGGUUCUCCCAGGACACCAUCACCAGACA